UGGGAGAGUUAACCAGCUCCGCGGGGGUCGGCCGGCCCUCCGCGCCUCCCAGCGGACUCGUGUGGUGGUGCAGCCCCGGCCCCAGGCUGCAGAAAAGCGGGCCACCAGCAGACAGCGCGGCAUCCUGAAGCUGUCCGCGCGCACAGCCUCGGCUGCGCUCCUCGCCUCCUUCUCUCCCUACCCAGUGACCAGUUAGGUGCGGGCGAGGGGAUUCCAGCUGAGCCUUCAGGGUCUGAGACCUCACGGUAGUAUCCGACUGGGUGCCGCCAGCAGCCACCCCAACCUGGCCUGGGAGCGCACGCGUCUUCAGAGAGGUCCGCGGCGGUGCAGUUUCCCCAGGGAACCAACUUUAGGCCAGCUCGAGGACUGGGUGCAGGCUCGGACCGGCAAAUCGUCCUCGGGGUCUCAGGGAGUGGAACCCGAGGAGCACCCCGGUCCCGCCACCCCCAGGCGCGCCGGAUUGCGCGUCGGGCCCCACCCCGCCUCACUACUCUUUUAAAGAGCUUGAAGACCAGGGGCGCACGGCAGCCACGGUCAUGGAGGGAGCGCUGGUGGCCAACUGGAGCGCGGAGGCUGUCAAUGGCAGCGAGGCGCCUCCGGAAGCCGAGGGCAACCGCACCGCCGGGCCCCCGCAGCGCAACGAGGCCCUGGCGCGCGUGGAGGUGGCGGUGCUGUGUCUCAUCCUCUUCCUGGCGCUGAGCGGCAACGCGUGCGUGCUCCUGGCGCUGCGCACCACGCGCCACAAGCACUCGCGCCUCUUCUUCUUCAUGAAGCACCUGAGCAUAGCGGACCUGGUGGUGGCAGUGUUCCAGGUGCUGCCGCAGCUGCUGUGGGACAUCACCUUCCGCUUCUACGGGCCCGACCUGCUGUGCCGCCUCGUCAAGUACCUGCAGGUGGUGGGCAUGUUCGCCUCCACCUACCUGCUGCUGCUCAUGUCUCUCGACCGCUGCCUGGCCAUCUGCCAGCCGCUGCGGGCGCUGCGUCGCCGCGCGGACCGCCUGGCGGUGCUCGCCACGUGGCUGGGCUGUCUGGUGGCCAGCGCGCCGCAAGUGCACAUCUUCUCGCUGCGCGAGGUGGCGGACGGCGUCUUCGACUGCUGGGCCGUCUUCAUCCAGCCCUGGGGGCCCAAGGCCUACAUCACGUGGAUCACACUCGCGGUCUACAUCGUGCCGGUCAUCGUGCUCGCCGCCUGCUACGGCCUCAUCAGCUUCAAGAUCUGGCAGAACUUGCGACUCAAGACGGCGGCGGCGGCUGCCGAGGGGCCGGAGGGCGCGGCGGCGGGCGGCUCCGGGCGCGCGGCCCUGGCGCGCGUCAGCAGCGUCAAGCUCAUCUCCAAGGCCAAGAUCCGCACGGUUAAGAUGACCUUCAUUAUCGUGCUGGCUUUCAUCGUGUGCUGGACGCCAUUCUUCUUCGUGCAGAUGUGGAGCGUCUGGGACGCCAAUGCGCCCAAGGAAGCCUCGGCUUUCAUCAUAGCCAUGCUCCUGGCCAGCCUCAACAGCUGCUGCAACCCUUGGAUCUACAUGCUGUUCACCGGCCACCUCUUCCACGAACUUGUGCAGCGCUGCCUCUGCUGCUCGUCCAGCUGCCUGAAGGGCAGCCGUCCGGGAGAGACCAGCGUCAGCAAGAAGAGCAACUCCUCCACCUUCGUCCUGAGCCGCCACAGCUCCAGCCAGAGGAGCUGCUCACAGCCAGCCACAGUGUGACCGGGCAGGGCCAGGACUGCCUCCCGCGGCUCGGGUGGUGCCGACAUAGACAGUCCGCCCCUUGGUGGCCGUGUGCGUGUGUGUCUAAGGUACCUUUCAGUGUGCACCCUUCCACACCUCGGGGUAGCUUGAGUUGGGUGGGAAAUUCUGGCCUAGGUUGGGGAAGUAGUCUCCAUGGUGGAAGAUAAUGGGGUGACCCAGCCAUCAGACAAUCCCUGGAUCUCCCCUGUCUUCCCACGGAUGUUUAUAUACCCUGCCCCCACUGCUGCCUCUGGCUGGUGGAUGGGUUGUUUUUUUUUUUUCCUGGUCCUGUCAUU